AUGCCGAAGGGGUUCAUGGUGAGCUUGGCGGUGCCCCUGCUGGUGUUCUCCGUCGUCGGCGUCAGCGUUGCGGCGGCGCAGGCGGCAGAGGCGAUCGCGCAGAAGGUGGUGUGGGGACACGUCGCAGCCAACUGGGAGCUCGCCGCCAAGUUCCUCCGCAUCUUCUUCCACGACUGCUUCGUCAGGCACCACGGCAGAGAGAAGGACGCGGCGCCGAACCUGUCACCGGCGGGGUUCGAGGUGAUCGACGAGGUGAAGGCGGCGCUGGAGCAAGAGUGCCCCGGGGUCGUCUCCUGCGCCGACAUCGUCGCGCUCGCCGCUCGCGGGACUCGGUCUCGUACUCUCGUUCCAGUACAAGAAGAACCUCUGGGAGGUGGAGACGGGGCGGCGCGACACGGUAUCGAGCAAGCAGGAUCGGAAGCGCUGGACAACAUCCCGGCGCCGACGUCGACCUUCGACAUCCUCCUCUCCAACUUCUCCGGCAAGGGUCUCGGCCUCGAGAACCUUGUCGUACUCUCAGUAUCUUAUCUAUCUACCAUGGUACAGGGGCGGAUCCAAAGGGCUGGGCGCCCCAGCCCUCUACUGAGUUAA